AAUUUCGAAUUCACAAUGAACGCUCGACUUUUUAUUUUGUUUUCUUUUAUCACUCUAAUUUGUGCACAUCCCAAAAUUAAAAGAGGUGUGCAACCACUGAAUGCAGUCUCUGAAGACACGGAAUAUGGAGACAAACAAGUAAAACAAUCACUAGAAAAGGAAAAAGAUGAGAUAAGACAGAUUCAGUCUGAUGAACAGAAAAACAGUGAUGUGGACCCUAAAGAAUUUGAAGAAACAUUAAAUGGAAAGAAAUUUGUCUGUACUUGGCAUCCUAGAUCUGAGAGUCAGUCAGAAGAAUCGAAAGAGUCCCACGAAAGUGCAUCUGAAUCUAAAGAAUUUACAAAACGUGAAUUUGGUGCUAAACAAUUUGAGAAAUUUGUGAAUGGACGAAAAUAUAUAUGUGUAUUGAGUUAUAAAACCGAAAGUCACUCUGAAGAAUCACGUAAGUCACAUGAGAAUGGAUCCGACGAAGCAAGUGAAGAAGAAGCACUGCAAAACGAUAAACAAAAUAGAAAGAAACGAUCUAAUGAAUACAAAAUAAACGAAGACGAACCGAAACAAUUCAACGACACUUUCAAUGGAAGACAAUAUGUUUGUGUUCGACAGUCGAACUCUGAGAAUCAUUCCAACGAAACUGAAGAAUCGAAGGAGUCUCAUGAGAGUAAUUCUACUGAGCAUGAAAAAUCGAAAGAAUCACACGAAAGUGGAUAUGAGUCAGAAGAAUUUGCGGAACGUGAAAAUACCACUAAGCAGUAUGAAAAAAAUUUUAACGGACGAAAAUAUAUUUGUGUAUGGCGAUCAAGCUUCGAAAAACAUUCUAAAGAAUCUGAAGAAUCAAAGGAAUCCCAUGAAGAAUCAAAUGAGUCCCAUGAACAUAGCUCUGAGCAUAAAGAAUCAAAGGAGUCCCAUGAGAGUGGAUCUGAGCAUGAAGAAUCAAAGGAAUCCCAUGAAAGUGAAGAAUCAAAGGAGUCCCAUGACAGUGAAGAAUCACAUGAGUCUCAUGAACAUAGCUCCGAGCACGAAAAAUCAAAUGAGUCACAUGAAAACAAAUCCGAAGAAUAGAUACUAGCGUCAAUAAAAAAGUAUACCGUAUUAGCUUUAGACAUAGCGCGUCCCUUAAAGUAUAGUAAUAUGUUUCCGUCCUACCCUAUUUAAAACUGUAGCAAUUAGAUACCAUAACCAAUAAAAUUGUUUAUUCAAAGGCAGAACAUUUUCAUUUUAACUCAAUUAUCUUUAAUUAACUGUGUUAAGGCUUAAGAUGGUUUGGCAUCAAUAAAUAGAAACUAAAUACCUAGUUGAGGCAAAAAAGUAACAUCAAGUUGGAGGCUUCUAGUUUUGACAGCUCGUGUAAAAAUACAUAAAUAGUACCUACACCAUUUUGUGCGUUAAUAAAAUAUUAUAAGGUAUGAACUUUUUCAAAACUUGUUCAAUGAACAGAAUAAAGAUGAAUAAGGCCGUCUAAUAAAUUAUUCCGAAUGUUUUAUAGAGUUAAUUUUUUUUUUACUUGUUUGUACCAUUAGAUCUCCUGCAUCGUUGUCUGUGGUAAAAUGCAGUCCC